CCAUCUUUACCUGUGCACACAAACAACAUCCAUUCUCUCUCUACACAACUCCAACAAAAAGUAGUGUCUUUUCUCUUAAUCUCUCUUUGUUUCAACUUUCAAUAUGGAUGACAAAAGAAGCUUAAUGAUGAACAAGAACAUUGGAGAUUUCGAGAAUAACGUGGAUGAAGAAAUGGACCUAAGAAGAGGUCCAUGGACAGUUGAGGAAGAUUUCAAGCUCAUCAAUUACAUUUCCACUCAUGGUGAAGGCCGAUGGAACUCUCUCUCUCGUUGCGCCGGACUCAAACGGACCGGAAAAAGCUGCAGACUACGGUGGUUAAACUAUCUCCGGCCAGACGUCCGCCGUGGAAACAUAACCCUUGAAGAACAACUCUUAAUUCUUGAACUUCACUCCCGUUGGGGCAAUAGAUGGUCUAAGAUUGCACAAUAUUUACCAGGAAGAACAGAUAACGAGAUCAAAAACUAUUGGAGAACACGUGUGCAAAAGCAUGCUAAACAGCUUAGAUGCGACGUGAACAGUCAACAAUUUAAAGACACCAUGAGGUAUCUUUGGAUGCCUCGUCUCGUCGAGCGGAUCCAAGCCUCCGCUUCAACCUCCACCGGUUCUGCUACAACGUCGUCUUGCGUCACCACCCCUUCAGAUCAGUUCUUGAUGACGUCAUACGAUGCCGGACUCAAUAACAAUAACAACACCAACAUGGACCACUUGAAUUUCAUGAGCAACCCUAAUGGUUAUGUCACGCAGGAAACUUCAAGCGUGUCAGUGUCCCCGACGUCCGGUUUAACCGAGUAUCACAUCGGUAGUGAAGUGGAAAAGGUUGAGAACAACCAGGAUCAGAGUUUGGUGGGUCCACAAAUCAUGUCGCCGCCGCAGAAUUAUUUGGAUGUUAACGGUGGAUUGUUAAGCGAAGAUUUAACGCAGAGUUAUCAUAAUUGGUUUGAAAAUGAUAAUGGAAUGAUAUCUCCUUAUUCGGACAGUUUUUGGAACAUAGGGAGUGAUGAAGACUUUUGGCUCUUAUUACAGCAACAACAGCAGCUCGUCAACAAUGGAAGCUUCUGAAUAGACAAGAAAUUAUUUCUAAACAAGAAAAUAAGAAAGAAAAGAAUAGUAAAGUGGAUUAAUCAGUGUGUAAAAGGAAUUUGUAUUUGAAAAGGAGGGUUUCUUAAAUAUUAGCAAUUUUAAAUAUAUUGGGGGCAAUUAGGAGUUUGUUAUUUUUGGGUCAAUUUGAUUGGUUUGUGUUCCUUUGGGAUUUGAUACUAUAUUUAUGCCAAUAAUUUACAAAACAAUUUGGAAUCAAAUAAUAAGUUGAUAUCUUUUUAUUUUUUGUGAAUUUAAUUGAUUGAUGUUUUGCAACCAAACGUAUUUGAUGAUUUCCUUCAUGGAAGCAUGCUAUUAUUAUAUAAAUACAAUUCAUUUCAUUCUGUAUGUUUUUGCCAAAGAAACCAUAAUUGGUUGGCUCCACCAUGUUUCAUACUAUACUUAGUUAACUCAGUAUGUCACACAAGCAAACAAAAAGUCUGCAUAUAUUAUAAUGUCAUUGGCAUGAUAUAUGAGAAAAAUGGAUAAUCCAAAUAUCCAAUUCAUGAUGCUUUUAAGAAACAUGUCUAUGGGACCUGUAUAUGGGAAAAAGGGGACCAAAGUGUGUGAAAGGCUUUGGGUUCAAAAGUAGACAAUCUCAAAAUUUGUCCACGUGGUAAUGUCUUAAUGGUUAAUCUCUGAGUUUAAAGGUGACCAUUAAGGGGAUUAUUAUUCUUGUGGGAAUGUUAUAAUCAUCAAUCUAGCUAUGUAAUAAAAUAUAGAGAAAUACAUGGUUAGUGAUGAUAAUUCCACCAUUAACGCGUGCAAAUCUUAAUUUUUAAUUAAACCCAUUAUAUUAUUGUACGGACGAUCCCACCACUAUCCAGAAAAUACCUUCCUUGCAUUGUAAAUUUGUAACACAUCAUCCAACCUACGUCGUCUUCCUAUCUACACUUCUUUUCUAAAGUAUAGCAUAUCUUAAUAUAUAUAUAACUAUCAGUAGUAAUCUACUACUAAAACAUUAUAUUUAUAGAACUUAAAGAUUCAAAUAAGAAUUGCUCUCUUAUUAAUAACUUGAGAAAAUAACUCAAAACUCAAGCUCUCAAUCUCUAAACUCUAGUAAGUGAUAUCACAACUCAAUAUCUACUUAUAUAGAGCUUAUGUAUUCCUAAUCCUAUUUGGUAACACAACUUUAGAUAA